AUGUCAUAUCCCAUGAUCAUCGACAGGCUCCUUGGCUCGCAAGUCGAGAGUUUCCAGUAUGCUGCUUGCAGUGGGGAUCGUGCUGGUCAGAUCUAUCAGCAAGCAGAGCAGAUCGAAGGUGAUCUCGACAUGUUCAUAUUGACAGCUGGUGGAAAUGAUCUCUGCUUGUCCGGUAUCAUUUCAGAUUGCAUCCUCCUCUCUGCUGGCAAUGAUGAAGCCUGUGAAGCUGUCCUCAAAGUCGCCGAGGAGAACGUUGAGACAAUCAUCAAGAGCAACAUGAAAGAGAUUCUCUACGCCUUAAACAAAAAGGUGAAAGAGGACGGUAUCGUUGUUGUCCUAGGGUAUGCCGAGUUCUUUAGCACCGAGAACAGCGACUGUGAGGAUGAAGCAUGGGACAUAACAGAGUUUACAGAGCCCAUAAAAUGGCCUCAGAAAACGACGAUUGCUCACCGACACAGAUUCAACGCACUCGUCAAGAAAAUCAACAGAGCAACUGCCGAUGCAGUCAAUGAGAUCUCCAAGGAUGACGAGGUCAAGUAUAUUAUCGGCUUUUCAGACUGGAAUCCUUGGGUUACUGACGCGAGCUUUGAUGGACAGAUGUAUUCUCCGUUUGCCAAUGGAGAUUACCCUAGUAAAGGUCAGCCUGAGAUGCAUUUCAUCAAGCCCCCCACCAAUCCUACACCUGGAGAACGUGAUGAACUGAAGAAGCGUGGACUUGACCAAUCAGAUUACUAUGACUACUCAAGGGGUGAACUCAAGAAGAAGCGAGCUCGUGAGAGCAUAUGGAGUUCAAGUUCUUCAACAGCCCCAACCCAUCUGAGCUUGUUGUCCCUCAGACAAAAGAGAGAUUGGACUAUGGGUAUCGGUCUUCCGGACAAGAUUGCAGAGAAUUUUCAUCCGAACGAGCAUGGACAUGUUACUAUGGCCAGUUUUGCAAUGGCGGAGGCGAUGGACCUUCGUUCGUUGGUGCUAGGCAUAGAUGCCCCGUCAUGCGAAGUUAAAAACGAGUUUAAGUGCUGGUCGGAUGACAACUGGAAGAUCUUCUCCAGCGCUGAUCGUCUUGAUGAGCACUAUGAAGAUUUCUGCAAGAAUAUCGAGCAGCCCGGUCAUGAGAAGGGAUGGGACUACUACAAGGAGGGCACUCCUGAUGAGCAUGAGUUCAGGAUCUCACUUAGCGACGACGUAGCGGACUAUGACGUGAACCAGUGCAUCGAUUCCUCCAAGAAGCUGAUUCACAGCUGCGACACCAACCGCCGGCUGAAUUGGAAGACCGGAGGCAAAUGCAUCCGCGACGACGGAGCCUACACUUACGAAGUCAGCCCAACGCGCUACAACAGACCCUGGCCACCACCAGAGUAUGCCCAGGGAACCUUCAAAGGAUGGUACCACUUUUCUCAUAGUUCAUAUACGAUAAAGGGCGGCGGGUUUUCAACGUGGGACUUUGGUCAGAAGACGAUGAGGCCGAGUAUGAAUGGAUGCUAUGGACUUGGCACGACGGCUUGA